GAACAAAUGACUCGCAUUACUGGAGAAGAAAGGAAAAAAAAAUAAUGGAGACCAGAUACUCAUCAACUCUCAGAUACCCAGGACAGCUAAAGCAGUAACACAUUGAUAUUUUUUUCAUGUAUUUAUAGUUUAACAAUGAAGUCCUCUCCACACUUCGUUCAUGUACGGGUGCCCUCGAAGGGCGCAACUAAUGAUGGAAUUUAGACUGGCACUGGUCCAGGAGCUGCGAGGAGUGGCAGGGGAUUGUGUGUGUUUGAGCUUGGAUGGAUGCGCCACGAUGAAGUGAUACGAUCGCAUGUCGGAAUGAACGAGUAUAUGGCGAGUAUGUGUCAUAAACGUAAAUAAGUGAUCAGUACUAGAAAAGCAACAAAACGAAAGGACUAAGAAAGGAAAGUAUCCAUUCCGCUGCAACAACCUUACAAAUAUUACCUUCUCAGCACAAUCGUCAUCACAAUCAUUUGGCUGAUUGAAAGUGCAAUGGGGAAUGUGCGAUUCAGCUUAUGUUUUUACAGCUACCCGAUCCCAUAACGAUUCGCCCAACAACUUUUCGUUGAUACCGAACUGCUACGAGAUCUGAACAGUGGAUCUUGAAGUGGAUCCGCAUGAGUAAUCGAAAACUCUUUUAGUAAUACAAUACAAACCAAAUUGAAUACAUAAUUCAUCUCUGGGUCCAGCAAUGUAAAACAAAGAUUAAGCAGAAGCGUUACUGCAAACUUACACAAUAAAUGAAACACAAAACAGGAGGGUUAAAGAGGGAUUGUAGAAAGUUCGUAUGGAAAAGAACAAGCAAAAGACAGGGGAUGGUAGUCUAUCUGUAGAUGAUACUGGUAGGAAAAUGGGAAAUUGUGACGUUGGUUCCGCGAGCACAGUAACCCUGUGGAUGCGACGAGAAAGAGUAUUUAUAGUAGUAGAAACCCCUUUUUGAAGAAGCAAAAGCGGAAUGUAUAGCGAUGAAGUGAGUGAGAGGUGUCAAAGAUAGCAAAUUGUUCGGGAAAUUGUUGAACUGUAGUCUACGGAAGGCAAAGGAUGGCGGUGUGUGAGAAGGAGUUAUGGAAACAUAAAUGGAAUUAUUUACGUCUGAGUUUACUCUUCGGUAAGCUGUUGCUGUAUGUUGCUCAUGAAGUUCGUUUGUAAUAUUACGGCUUUAAGUUUAGCUUAAAGUUUUCGAAGAUUUUUUCCAUUUACAACAUUAUCUCGGUGCCGAUUAGCGCACCCGACUAAUCAACCUAUCUCCCAGUUCCUUCUACUCAAGACCAAUUCGAGUGCGUAGCAGUUCUAACCUGAACUACUCUAGUUGUUCAUCUGAUUGAAGCUAUCUCGAAGGUCUUUGAAAUUUGGUACACUUCUUAUUUGCAGGUAGAUAUUGUAAUAAGAUAUGCGGUUCUAUUUUCCUUCGCAUUACUCUAUCAGCUCCACCAAACAGAGCAACAAAAUUGCAAUCCUCUAACAGGUAGCAAAAGGGUGCAAAUGUAAAUGGGCAAGGCGGAAGCGAAGAUCAUUAUUAGUUUACAUCAUUGAAUAUUUGAAGUGAGAGUAGUAGCGAAGUUCUUAUAGUGCAGAGAAUAUGGUAGCGACCGAAUGGGCCAAAUUGGAGCGAGUAAAGAUGGAGAGGGAAAAAAGAAGAAACAAUAUUUAGGUCGAAUACAUGUGAUAUAUAUUUUUCUAAAAGAACAAACCAAGCGAGAAAAGGAGCAGAACUCACGAUAAAGGAAUCGAAUAAAUACAAAGCAAAUGAGUAAUCUUCCCAUCACAAACCGCAAAACAGUCAAACAAAAAUAACACAUGCAGAAAAGAGAUAGGCCUCUGCUUAUCUAGGAAGUUAAGAGGUAGCAACACAUGAUGGAAACAUGCGAAGAGUAAACCGGAACCGAUGAAAUGGAAAAGAGAUACAGGAUUGAGAUGUCCCUGUCCGCAUCCCGUCAAACGCGCCACAAACACGAUCAACAGUCGAAGGAACCUUGACGUGAAACGGAAGCUGCUCAAUACUUAACAGCAAGAUUGAGUGUCCUGCUGGCUCAUACUCUAUUGUUAUAGAUGGUUAGGAUUGUUAAAAAAAAAUGCACUACUGGCAUUAGCGAAACCAGGUCCGAUGCCACAGCAACACGAUUUAGUUAAAACAUAUUUUGUAACAAAAGACAUCCUUCUGAUCAUUCGGGUUUUUGUGGGGGACUUAAAUCUUCUUUUCUUUCGGCGAAAACCACUCGAAAUGGGCUGUUGUGCAUUUACUAUAAGCGUUACUGAAGCAGCAGUAGCACGAGAUCCGGGAUUAAUACUACACGGGUGUGCUGAGAAGUGGUGCGUAUGUACGCAAAGUGCUGACUGACCACUGAAGCGCCAAACGAAAAAUCAAAAUCACAACCAAAAUUCCAAUAUUGAUCAAAAACAGACACCGAAGGCAAUAGCAGAUGAGUGUGUACGGACAUUGUUGAAAGUAGGAGUGGGUCGACUGCCGUUCUUAGUUUCUUCCUAGUAUCCCGGUGGGUCCGAAGUGAUUCCUGGGGUUGAUCAGGGUUUCAAGCGCGCUCGUCCGCGAUAACUUCGAAUUAUGACCCCCAUCUGAGAAACGAGUGGCGAGGUCGAGUUCAGGAAGGAUACAGAUACUGACCACGAUAAAGCCAUGGGCACACAUGAAAGUGGAGCGAAUGAAAAGACGAGAAAGGCGAACGGGGUACGUUUCUAUUAAUGUAACUAUUUGUAAAUGUCUGUACAUAGUAUUCGCUGAUAUAAAGAAAACGAGCAAGCCACCGUGAAGAGCUCGAAUCGCAUCGAAAAGGUGACGGGAGAUAAUAGAAAUGGAUUAAAAAAAACCCAGAACUACAAUAUAAGAGAAAUAUUAAAAGAAGAAAAGACGAGAGCGGGAGAGAGCAACCGAAAGGUUCGUACUAGGGAAAUGUAAAAGGAAUAUUGAAAUGAGAAGCAAGAAUUGAUCAACAAAGUGUAGAGGGUGGCUUGAUCGUCAUCAUCAUGCAAAAAGGGAUCUGAUCGAAAGAAGUGAAGGAGGAGGGGAAAGUCUGAACGAGUUUGCAUUAGUGAACAAUAGAGGAAAUACAAAAAUGCGUCUGGAAA